GAAGCAGGAUAACUUGACGAUGGGAGGGGAUCAACAAUCAAGGACGACACCAAGUUGGACAAUUGAUGUUCCAGAUGUAAGAACAGUGAAAGUUAGCAGCCUUCCCUUGGCUGCGUCUGUGAGUGAUAUUGAAAAAUUCUUCUCCUUCUCGGGGCAUAUUGUAUAUGUUGAAAUGCGAAGUGAAUCAGAAAUGACUCAGGUUGCUUAUGUCACUUUCAACGACGCUCAGGCAGUGGAUACUGCAUUGCUUCUUUCUGGAUCGAUGAUCAUUGACGAUCACGUUGUCACUGUUACUCCAGUUGAGAAUUACCAGUUGCCUCCUGAAGCUACAAACUUUCAAGAGAAGUCAUUGCCAGUUGAUGGAUCCAUCAGGAAGACAGAGGAAGUGGUGAGCACCAUGCUAGCCAAGGGCUAUGUUCUUGGCAAGGAUGCACUGCAAAGAGCUAGAUCCUUCGACGAACGACACCAAUUACUCUCAUCCACCAUUACCUCACUCGACCAAAGGAUUGGACUGAGCGAGAAGAUCAGCAGCAGCACAGCUGCAGUCAGUGGGAAGUUGAGGGAGGUGGAUGAACAACUGCAAGUAUCCGAGAUCGCAAGGUCCGCCCUUGCAGCGACUGAGCAAACCAUCAUGAGCAUUCCCUAUGUGUCGACCGGUGCAUCGUGGGUCACAAGUGCAUUCGGCAGAGUGCUGAAGGCGGCUGAGGAUGUUAGUGUGAUGACAAAGGAGAAGGUAGAGAUGGCAGAAUUCAUGCAGAGGCAAGAGAUGGUGGAUGAGUUUGCUAAGCUCUAUCUAGAUGACUCCUCACCGAGAGUAAUUGUGGGGGCUGCUCCCUCUAGUUCUUCAAUGGAUGAUAGGAAACUAUGA